UACUGCCAUAUGGCACUAUCAAAUAUGGCUGCCCCCUGGAUAGUAUGAUUGCGUUAAAAAUAUUUUUAUUGACCAUAAUUUGAUUUUAGAGAAUGUGUGUCGGAACAGUAGGCCGUUUAACUAAGAGAUAUAUAAAGCAUUUUCUUCAAGCAAGAUUUUAUAUAAGAAUCGAGUAUGUCUGAGAGGUGAGCCGGGGAGCAAUUAAUACAUUGGAUAAUGGUUUAUGGAAGAUCUUUUCUAAAUUUGGGCUAAGUUCACCUGUUUUUCUUUCAAAAUUACUGGCUUAAAAAGGACCCACAGUAUUCUAGCAACAAGUAACGUGACAUUUAUUCACAGGAGACUCAUACCUGCUUUAACAUGUUUGGAAAUUUGUUUGAGGAGGAGGAAGAUUUUUCUUUCAUAACUUCUAAUCCUAAAGAAGGAAACUGGCCAAAAUCAAAGAUGAAGAGAACUCAGCCACCACCUGUGAGAGGUCCCACCAAACUGAGUGGGAUCAAGAACCAAGGUGGCACCUGCUACCUGAAUUCAUUGCUGCAGACUCUGUUGUUUACUCCUGAAUUCCGAGAAGCCUUAUUUUCUCUUGGGACUGAUGAACUUGGUUCUCUGGCUGACGCUGACAAGAAAGGAGCAAAGGUUCGAGUUAUACCAUUACAGUUGCAGCGAUUGUUUGCUUAUCUUCUGUUAGUUGAUCAACAGACUGCUUCCACAGAAGACCUCACAGACAGCUUUGGAUGGAACAGCAGACAGGAGCGGAGCCAGCAUGACGUGCAGGAGCUGAACCGAAUCCUCUUCAGUGCAUUAGAGGCUUCACUAGCAGGGACAUCUGGUCACGAUCUUAUUAAUAAGUUGUACCAUGGAACAGUUGUCAACAAGAUUGUGUGCAAAGAGUGUGGAAAUGUCAGUGAGAGACAGGAAGAUUUUCUUGAUCUGACAGUUGCAGUCAAAGAUGUUUCUAGUCUGGAAGAAGCCCUCUGGAAUAUGUACGUGGAGGAAGAAUGUUUUGAUGCAGAUAACCUCUACAGAUGUGCGGCCUGCAACUGCCUGGUUAGGGCAGUAAAGUCAGCGAAGCUACGUAAACUUCCUCCUUUUCUUACUUUCUCAUUGCUACGCUUCAACUUUGAUUUUGUGAAAUGUGAACGGUAUAAAGAGAUUGGAAGUUACUCUUUUCCUAUGAAGAUGGAUCUGCGUCCCUUUUGUGAACAGGUUGACGUGGAUGAAACAGAAUACGAAUAUGAAUUAUUUUCUGUUAUUAUACACAAGGGAGGUUGUUAUGGAGGGCACUAUCAUGUUUAUAUCAAGGAUGUUGACAGACUAGGAACUUGGUACUCUCUGGAUGAAGAACUGAUGACAGAUUCUAGUGUGAAAGAUAAGAAAGAGUCCACAAAUCAGCCGGUUACAGACGGACCUUUGACAAAGUUAAUUGCCUUGAUGCCACAGGGGGGUUCUGAAGACAUUCUUGUUGACCAGUUGGGACAAAAGCUGCUAAAUGCUGAAGGAGUGUCUUGGAACAAGAAGUAUCGUAAGCAACAUGGACCUAUAAGAAAGUUCUUGCAGAACCAUCCAGAUAUUUUUACUGUAAGUACGGAUGGGAACAAUGUCCGCUUAAAGCCCACUGCUGAAACAAAACUGGAUGUCCAAAAUAUGAAAAGCAAAAAUCUUCAACAGAAUUCAAAAGAAACACUUGGGUCAUUGAAUAAUGCUUGUGAUGUACACUGGUUUGAUUUUAAUGACUCUACGGUGCAACCAAUAAAGGAGAAGGAAAUUGAGAAGCAGUUUGAGGGAAAAGAGAGUGCCUACAUGUUAUUCUACAGAAAAGCCAGCCUGCAGAGACCAUUUGAAGCACAAGAAAAUCCAAGAUAUAAAAUUCCUCCUCACCUUCUUGAAGAUACUGAAGCAAUCAAUGCUGAGAUCCUGAAGAAACGGGCAGAAUUUGAUACUGAAACCAAUAAUAUUGAUCUCCACCUGCAUGUGGGCUCUAAUUACAAAUUUGAAAAUGGUGCCUUGCAUCCAUUAUCUUCACGUCAGGAGAGCAUACUUGAUGUGACUGUGGAUAGAAGGAAGACCUUAGGUGACUUGAGGCAAAUGGUAUUUCAGCUAUUAGAGUUCUGGAAAGGGGACAUGGCUCUCACAGUUGCUCGGACUUUACCGGCAGGACUGCACCUCUACCAGACACUUAGUGGUGAAGAACAGUCCCUGUACAGCCUUGGAAUUGUAGAUAGAACAGAUCUAUUUGUAUGGAAUGGAAAAGAGGUUUGUGGAACCGAAAUACUAACUGGUAUAGACUGUGAACCAGUACUGCUUAAUAUACUCCAAGUUGCAAAAAAAGGGGACUGUGCUGAGCAGAGCAAAUCUCAGGAAACACAACAGGUCUUUCCUUGCAAUGCUGUGCUAAGCAGCAUACAGGAAAUGUUAGCUACCUCACUAGGAGUCAAGAAAGAACAACUAAGCAUAUGUACAGGAUCAGACUUUGAGGAGUCUGAAAACUGGUAUGAGUUUUCUGACAAAGACAUGCAGAAGACAAUCAAAGAACUUCGGCUGAAGAAUGGGGCUUGCAUCCUGGUUUCAGCCUGUAAUGGAAGCUCAAAGAAUGUGCCAAAUAACCCUAGGAGAAUACCUACCCAGUCAGAAUGUAGUUGGCUGCGUAUCCAGAAUUUCCUCACAGGGACUUACUCCAAUUCUGAUGUCAAAAGGGUUAAAAUUCAAGUAGCUUUGGACAUGCCGAUGUUUGACAUCAAAAGUAAAGCCAUUCAAGAGAUGCAGUUACAACAUGAACUAGUUCAUAAUACUUGCCUCAGACAAGUAGAUGAAAAUGACAGGCUUCACCCACCAGUGGGUGAAGAUGUGAGUAUGAGAGAGGCCAAAAUAAAAUCAGGAAGCACAUUAGGAUUGUGCAGUGGCAAAGCACCAACUGCCACUCAGCUUUUCCUGUAUUUUGCUGUCAGCUAUGAUAUUCAUGUAGGACCUGAAAUGGAGAUUGUGAUAGAAGAAACGGUUUCUGUAAAGGAGUGUUUAACUGUAAUGCUGAAGACUGCUGGAUUAGAAGGAACUGACUGGCAUUUGAUAAAAAUGGACUGGUGCUGUGAAGAUGGUGAUCCUUUACGUGACGAGGAUGCCACACUAAAGGAACUGAAUAUUUGCACAGGAGAUGUCAUUUUUAUCACAGAAGGUCGACUUCCUCCUAAGCUUCUGCAGGGUUUCCUUAAGAUUCAGAUUUGGAAGUACCAGCCUUUCAUUGAUUGUCUACAUCAGGACUACUUCCAGGACUCAAGAAACCAUAUCACCAGCCAGAUGACAGCCCUGAAUAUCACUCCUGCAGGGGAUGCUACAGUAAUGGCCAAAGAAGACUCCUUGCUCUAUUUUGCGGGUAUAGCAGAAAUCUCUGGAGAAGCAACUCUUGCUGAGCUGAAGACUCAGGUUAUGACCCUCCCAUCACUUCAGAACCUCUGUGUUCCUUCAGUAGAAUUCCUGAGAAUUUGGGUUUUAGAAGAUAAGCUUCCAGUCAUCAUUCUCCGCUGUCACUCUAAACAACUCAGCACAUUUAAACUGGGAAAUAAUGUAGAGGUUGGUAUCCAAGCUCUGCAGAAGGAGGAAGAUCUUAGCCUGAAUGACCUGUUGCUGAGAAUUCAGAUGCGGAUACCUGGUGAGAGAGAGUACUAUCCUGCAGAAGAAUUUGUAUGGGACAUCUCCAAAGAGUGCACAGCUUUGGCACUGAGACAGAAGAUUGCAGCAUAUUAUAAGGUUCCAGUGGAAAGCAUUGAAAUUGCUAAAUACCUUCCUGAGAAAUUUGAGUGGAUGCCUAUAACUAGCUGGACCCAGCAAGUUUCCAAACGCAAAAAAAGAAAAAAGCAAGAAGGCUUACAAGGUGCACCAUAUUAUCUGAAAGAUGGUGAUAUAAUUGGUGUUAAAAAUAUUCUAGAUGAUGACAGCAAGGACUUCAGUACAGUAAGAGAUGAUGCUGCCAAAGAAAAACUAUUACAGGACCUGAGAGGGAAACAGAAAAGUCAAGGUACAACUGACAUAAAAGAUGAAGAUCCAGCUAGUAAUGCUAAGACUGUAGCAAAAAAACGCAAGCCAGAGGUGGCACUGUGUAUUAAUGUUGAUGUUUUCAGAUAACGAUUGUGGAGAUCUAGUCUCAGGAGGAGACUGCUUGUGUUAUCCUGGGUAAAAAGGCCAGCCCCUGGAGAAUAGAAAAAAAAAAAAACGAAACCCUUCUCUAGCCCCAGCAAAAAGUGGAUUCCCAGAGAUUGGGAGAAGAGUAUGAAGCUCUGCCAGAUGAACUUUAAGAUAUGUUGCGUUAUCUUGUUAAGAAAAAGCAGAAUACUGUAUUUCCAGAAUUAUAAGGCUCAGUGGAGUAAAAUAGUGCACUUUUUAAAAUGACUUGGGAUGAGGAGUUUAGAUGUUGUAUUGUCUUGGAUUUGACUUCUUGAACACUAUUUAAUUGGUUAUAGCUUUGUUAAUUAUUUUUCCUUUUUAGAGAUACAAGCAAUAGGUACAUUGCUUAAUCUUGUCUGAAUUUUCUGACAUUUGAUAUAAAGUAAUUUUGUUUUGUUGUAAGUUGCGUUUUAAACAUGCAGAGAGAAAUUCCAUAGGACUUCAUUGUGAUUAAAAAAAGUCAGGAUACCUAAAAAGUGAUCAGUUUUGAUUUGAAACUAUUUUUAUUAUUUGUAGUUGAAUAUCUAUCAUUAAUGCCAACAGAAGCCUUUCUCUUUUUAAUCAUUCAGUACUUUGUACUGCACACCUGAUGACAUUCCAUCCAUGAUUGAGACAUCUUGUAUGGUUUCCAGUCUUUCAGGAGUAACUUGAGAUGACGGUUCAUCAUCUGACUUGAUCAGCUUCAUUAGUGCAAAAAGGUUAUGUCCAGUUGUUCCAUUUGGCAGUUUUUUGUUCACGUUUUCUGCACUGCCUUUUCAGGUGUUGGAAAUAAAUGCUUUUCAGUGAAACUAAUUUGACUUUAAAGGCCAUGCAGGCUGUAGUCCAUAGGCAGCCAAUGAAAAUUGUGAUGUGUAUCUGAUUUGUUUAAAUUUAAAUUGUCAAAUGCAAGAACCAGUGAUCAAAACAGCUGCCUUUAUUAAAAAAUCUACUUUUUCAAGAAGUA